AUGAAUUCUAAUUUUAGUAAAAAUGAUUCACAAACACCAGAAAUUCAAUCACCUCCACCCCCAUAUUUUAAUAUAGAAAUUGAUGGAGAUGAAAAAAAUCAACCAAAUUUUGUACCACCAAAUAUUAUUCCUCCAAGUGACAUUCAACCGAAUCAAAUUCCUCUAAAUAAUAUUCCCCCAAAUAAUAUUCCCCUAAAUAAUAUUCCACCAAAUAAUAUUCUCCCAACUAAUAAUUUACCAAAUCAAUUUGCACCAAUACAACAUCCACCAAUAUUAAAUCCAUAUACAAUUGUUGUUGGUCAUAAUUGUGGAAGAUAUUAUCGUGCUUAUCCAAGAACACGAUACCCAUCUACAUUAUAUUGUUUCAAUUGUAAUAAAUAUGUUUUAUCUAUUAUACAUUAUGAAAGAGGUCAAAAUUACAAAAAAAAUUGGUUGAUUAUGUUAUUAUUAUGCCUUAUUUGUCCACCAUUUUUAUGUGUAUUACCAAUAAUUCUUUUAACAAAUGUUUUAAAUAAUGUGAUUCAUAAAUGUCCUGAUUGUGGUACUGUUAUUGGUAUUCAUUUAGCAAAUGGAUAA